AUGUGAAACUAGUUUUGGGUAAUUUAUAGAAACUGUGUGAUGGAAUAUCCAAGAAUCUUCACUCACUCGCCUCGUUUCUUUCUUGUGCUACUGGUUGUGUAAUCUUCUCCGCCUCUGCUCCUUGUUUUCAAGCUUUCCUGAGAUUUUGUUUUGAGGUGAACGAUUUUGUGCUUGGCUAAGCUUUGUAAUUGGUGAUUUUCGACUUAUGGGAGAUGCUUCUUUUCCGCCAAACAAUAACAUGUUGUAUACUUCUCCGGAUCCGGUUAUGGAUUUGGAUUUAGAUGAACUACUCUUUGAUGGGUGUUGGUUGGAGGCGAAUGAUGGAUCUGAAUUCUUCAAUCAGAGUCCUCCUCCUUUUGACCCUUCGUUUCUUUGGAGUUCUAUGGAGAAUUACAAUGGUGAUUUUAAUUGGACCUCGGUACCCAAGGAUAGCCAAGAGGAGAGGCAAAGAUCAUCUUAUCCCGGGAAUUUGUCGAUUAGUCAGCCACCAAACCAAAUUCAGGGUCUUGGCAAUGAUAUGCUCACUUCUACAUCUCAUAUCGGAAAUUAUUCGGUUGAAGGCUCUCAACUUGGCAGUAAUUUGUGGAUUGGACCUCGGCCUAUUCAUGGUCGAGCAAUGUCUGUCAUGGACAGAGUCGUCCGAGCACUCGAGUAUUUUAAAAGCUCAACAAGAGAUACAGAUGUCCUCCUCCAAUUAUGGGUACCUAUUGAUAGAGGCGGUAGACGUGUUUUGAGUACUUGUGGUCAACCUUUCUCACUUGACAGUAACAGCCCAAGGCUUGCAAAUUACAGAGCCAUUUCUGUCAAGUAUCAAUUUUCUGCUGAGCAUGACUCUAAAGAGGUCGAAGGGAUGCCUAGUCGAGUUUUCAUGGGUAAGGUUCCUGAGUGGACUCCUGAUGUUCGAUUUUAUAAAAGGGAAGAGUAUCAACGAGUUCGUCAUGCUCAACAGUAUGAUGUCCGUGGAACACUUGCAGUUCCAGUUUUUGAACAAGGUACUUGCUUAGGUGUUAUUGAGAUCGUUACAACUUCUCAAAAGAUCAACUAUAAACCAGAACUCGAAAGUGUUUGUGAAGCUCUAAAGGCUGUUGAUCUUCGGGGUUCUGAAGUGGCUUCCACUCACAGUAUGAAGAUAUGCAAUGGCUCCUACCAAUCUGCACUACCAGAGAUUAUGGAGGUUCUAAGAUGCACUUGUGAGACCAAUAGAUUGCCUUUAGCUCAGACAUGGAUCCCAUGUGUUCAACAGGGAAAAGAGGGUUGUCGCCACUCUGAUGAGAACAUAAUAAAUUGUGUUUCUACCUUGGAUUCUGCAUGCUAUAUAGCGGAACCCUCUAUCAGAGGUUUUCAUGAAGCUUGCUCUGAGCACCACUUGUUGAGAGGUCAAGGUGUGGUUGGAAAAGCAUUCAUGAGUAACCAACCAAGUUUUUCUCCAGAUGUAACCUCUGAUAGCAAGACGGAAUACCCUCUUUCACACCAUGCGAGGAUGUUCGGAUUGUGUGCUGCUGUAGCUAUACGCCUCCGGAGCAUAUACACUGGCACAUCUGACUUUGUUCUGGAGUUUUUUUUACCCGUAAAUUGCAGGGAUCCAGAGGAUCAGAAGAUACUACUCAAUGCACUCUCCAUUGUUAUUCAGAAGGUUUGUCAUAGUUUACGGAUUGUUACUGACACAGAGUUGCACGAAGAAACGCUAAUGCGUGCUGGUAAGGCAGUGGUCCCUUCAGCAGAUAGACUCGGCAAGCAGGAAAUUGCAGAAGUCGAAAACUCAGCAAAAUCUUCUCAUGAAGUAUCAUUUAGGACAUCCAGUAACAUGGAGAUGCAGGAGAGUAAACCAAGGGAGUUGACGGAAAGUGCCUCAAGUCCAAGCCAGUACCAACAGAUUUCUGCGGACGGACAUGUCACCUUCAAUCAAGAUCUCUGUGCUUCUGGUCGAGGUAGUUACUCAAGUGUUGGAAAGACAGGAGAAAAAAGACGUGGCAAGACGGAUAAAAAUAUCACAUUGGAUAUGCUUAGGCAAUAUUUUGCUGGCAGCUUGAAAGAUGCUGCAAAAAGUCUUGGUGUUUGUCCUACUACCUUAAAAAGGAUAUGCAGGCAACACGGGAUAACGCGUUGGCCUUCUAGGAAGAUCAAAAAGGUUGGUCACUCCCUACAAAAAAUCCAAGGUGUGAUUGAUUCCGUUCAAGGUGCCUCUGGUGGUUUUCAAAUUAAAUCCUUUUACUCCAACUUCCCAGAACUAGCAUCCCCAAAUUCGUCGAAACAUAUCCUACUUACAGCUUCGAAGCCAAUAGGUAAUAGUAGUCAGAAUGAGGGUAGCGCUUUGAGCCCAGAAGCUGUUGCAUCCAAAUCACCACCCUCUUCUUGCAGCCAGAGUUCAAAUUCAAGUCAUUGCUACUCAAGUGGGACGCAAGCUCAACCUUGCAAUCUAAAUGGACUUAAUAAUGAAGAUCAAGUGGGGUGUAAUCCUGGUGAGGGGAUUCUGAAGAGGGCUACAAGUGCAGUACACUUGCAUGCCUCCACUCAUGAUGUGCCAAAGGUCCUUUCAAGAUCCCAGAGUUACAAAAAUCUUAUUCGACAGCCAAGAACUGAAUCUCCUUCAAGGUUGCCAAAUGACAUUGGGGAAAAUAUUCCAGAAGGGGAUAGUACAAGUAGAGUAAAAGUAACGUAUGGGGAAGAAAAAAUCCGGUUCCGCAUGUUGAAUUCCAUGACAUACGAUGACUUACUGGUGGAAAUUACAAAGCGGUUUUGCAUUGAUGACAGAACUGGGUUCCAUCUCAAGUACUUGGAUGAUGAUUCCGAGUGGGUAUUAUUAACAUGUGAUGACGAUCUAGAGGAAUGUCGUGAGGUAUGCGAGUCAGCUCAUAGCCAAACGAUCAAGCUCUCACUCCAUCAAAAUCCUACACAACACCUAGGAAGCUCUUAUGGUAGUAGUCAAUUGUGAUUGUCCCUGUGCGUUGGUAAUGUUAUGGAGUUUCAUCCCAGACUUUCUCGCUCAGGCUCUUGAUAAAUGGCUUUCAGCCUUUCAUGUUGCGGAGGAACACUCAUGGCAAGUGGAUUGGAGCUGAGGAACAUCUAAAAUGGUAUGAUAAUAUUGUGAUGUAAAGGCCCAAGGAAGCCAUCAGGGGUACUUCAUGAUAAUGAAUCCUGUGGCACAAUUGCUCCAAAAUGUGCAAUAAAUUGUUGGCAGAUUGGGGUCUCUUGCUUAAGCAGCUCUAAAUGCAUGGUUUAUGUAAAUAUAAACCAAGAAAACUGAAGGAUGCUGUGAAUCAGAGCAGCUGCAACUUCUGUUUAUUGUAAUAAACAUACUUUUAUUAAUAUGUAAACAUGAGGAAAUUAGAUGGACUAGAACUUUUGCCAAUGUGAAAAGCAAAGUGUCCUUGUGGUCUUGUAAAAUAUACUACUGUAGUUUUGGUUAUAGUUCAAAAAUAGACAUAUGAUAUCAUCAAUUACCUAAA